UUCACUCUCAGCUUGAGGUUCCCUUCUCAACGAGAGAACUGAACUCCAAGCUUUUCCCCUUCCCCCCCUCAACCCAACCUUCCCUCCCUUCCGCCAUUUUCAAUUUUCUUCGAUUUCAUCAUUCCGAUUCGAUUCGCUGCAAAUUAUAUUAUCGAAUAGCAGAAGAAGAAGAAGAAGAAGAAGAAGAAGAAGAAGAAGAUAAAGUUAAUAAUAAUCAUGCAAGCUGUGUCUCCUUCCGCUCCCACUAAUCAUCUCAAGUCGCCGUCCUUACUGCGGCCGCCACGACCCGGUCCCUCCCGGGUCGUCCGGUGCAUCUACAGAUCCGACCCGGUGCACUUCCCCAACGGCGUCGGCUCCAACCGCGCCGACUGGCAGAGCUCCUGCGCCAUCCUCAACGCCAGCAGCAAGAUUAUCUCCCGCCAGGAGCAGCCCGCCGACUCCCACGGCGGUGGCGCCGACCACGUCGCCGCAGUCAAUGGUCACAAGGCCGCCAUCGACCUCAACCUCGUCCCCAUCGAUACCUCCAAGAGCUCCCCGCCUGCCGCCCCCCAACCCCCCAAGCCCCUCACCAUCACGGACCUAUCCCCGGCCCCCAUGCACGGCUCCCAGCUCCGCGUCGCUUACCAGGGCGUCCCCGGCGCUUACUCUGAGGCUGCCGCCGGCAAGGCCUACCCGAACUGCGAGGCCAUCCCCUGCGACCAGUUCGAGGUUGCCUUCCAGGCUGUGGAGCUGUGGAUUGCCGACCGCGCGGUGCUGCCGGUCGAGAACUCCCUCGGCGGCUCCAUCCACCGGAACUAUGACCUCCUCCUCCGCCACCGCCUCCACAUCGUCGGCGAGGUCCAGCUCCCCGUCCACCACUGCCUGCUCGCCCUACCCGGGACGCGGAUGGAGUACCUCUCGCGCGUGAUCUCACACCCCCAGGCGCUGGCCCAGUGCGAGCACACCCUCACGAAGCUCUGCCCCCAGGCGGCGCGGGAGGCCGUGGACGACACCGCCGGCGCCGCCGAGUACAUCGCGGCGAACAACCUGAGGGACACGGCGGCGAUAGCCAGUGCGAGGGCGGCGGAGCUGUACGGGCUGCAGGUGCUGGCGGACGGGAUCCAGGACGACUCGAGCAACGUCACGCGCUUCGUGAUGCUGGCGCGCGAGCCGAUCAUCCCCCGGACGGACCGGCCGUUCAAGACGAGCAUCGUGUUCGCCCACGACAAGGGGACUAGCGUCCUGUUCAAGGUCCUCUCCGCCUUCGCCUUCCGGAACAUCAGCCUCACGAAGAUCGAGUCCCGGCCGCACCGGAACCGCCCCAUCAGGCUCGUCGACGACGCCAACGUCGGGACCGCGAAGCACUUCGAGUACAUGUUCUACAUCGACUUCGAGGCCUCGCUGGCGGAGGUGCGUGCGCAGAACGCGCUGGCCGAGGUCCAGGAGUUCACGUCCUUCCUCAGGGUCCUGGGCAGCUACCCGAUGGACAUGACCCCUUGGUGCCCUUCAAGAGGAGAUCAAUAAGAAGAUUAAUCGAUCAACCGAUUUAAUCCGAUACCCGAAAAAUCGGAAGCUUACCUCCUCGUACUCAUCUGGGAUCAAAAUGAAUUUCAUUUCUCGUAAUUAAAUUAUUUUGCACAGAAAAAGGGGAACUGUAAUUGGUUUCAUUUUUCUUGAUUUUAUUUUAUUUAUUUUAUUUUCCCUUUCCGUCCCAUUUGUUCAUUCUUCGUGUCGACCCGAUAAUUCGGAAGAGCUCGGGUCGGGGAAGAAACUUAGAAGGUUCGUUUCGUGGUAAAUAGAAUAGAAGGUUGGUCGAGUGUGUAGAUGAUGACGGUUAAAGUUUCUUCGAACCUGUGGAUGUUAUUUCGUGUAAGGAUCCUCCGAACUAGUGAAUGCCCCCCCUUACACGAUCAA